AUGUCUGCCUACGGUACUAUUCAAAGAGUAUAUGCUGGAGAUGGUCUUCCCUCUACCAUUUGGUAUUCUCCUUCGAAGGCCAAGUAUGCAACCAUAUACCACUUGACGCUCCAAACAGCAAAACCCCUUAACGGUCUGAUCGAGUAUCUUCAUCAAAUUUUCGCCAAAGAAGUUGACGAUGGGAGGUCUUAUCCACAGGAGGGGCCCAUCGAUCUCGCAGCUUUCGAGAGCUAUUUCUUUGCCGCCGACGUAUUCGUAGCGAUUCUUGGAGCCCCAGAGCAUGCCGAAGAUUUCGAAGAACCUAAAGAGUCGCCUUUAGGAGUAGCAGAGGCCACGAUAGGGAGAUCUUGGGAGGACUGCGUCAUAGGAUUCUAUUAUGUCAAACCAAACUAUCCAGGACGGUCAUCCCAUAUUUGCAACGCCGGGUUUGUGGUCCCGCCAUCCCAGCGGGGACAGGGGGCCGGGUCCAUCCUGGCCAAGUCCUACGUCCAUUACGCGCCCAAACUCGGGUAUCAAGCCAGCGUCUUCAACCUCGUAUACGUCAACAACACCGCGUCAAUCAGUCUAUGGGAAAGACUCGGAUUUACGAAAGCGGGACGGAUUCCACGUGCAGGAAGAUUGAGGAAAAAAGACGGAACUGGCGAAGAAUACGUAGAUGCCUGGGUAUUUUACAAGAGCUUCAUUGACGCCGAGGCGUAG